UUUUAUAUCAUACUCUAACGAUAUUGUGUCAGUGUGUAUACAAAACUUUUCCAGAUUAUCAAGCAGCAAGAAUUCAAUUUAGCCACUGCAAGGAAAUUCCUGCCUUUUAAUUUAAUAAUAUGUCGAGUGCUUUUGUCCCUCAGGCCGUUCGGAAUCCAAAAUCAGCUGUCACUCAAGAAACUAUCCAAAAGAUGCUUGAUGAAAACAGCAGAUUAAUUCAAUGCAUAGUUGAUGAACAACAAAAUGGAAGAAUGCAAGACUGUUCUCGCUACCAACAAAUUCUGCACCGAAAUCUUGUGUGGCUUGCUACUGUGGCUGAUUCAAACCAAUCUAACGGUCAAAACAUGAUGGCUGGUACAUCGCCUUCUCCCCAUAUGGUUAACAAAGACAUGAACCAAAUAAACAUGCAGCAAACCAGCACUGCGGCUGUUUCCUCACAGCAAGCACCAUAUGUACAGAACACAGCCUCGCAUACAAAUCCAACUCACACAUCAAGCGAAAACGCCCAAACUUCUGUAAAUGCUUCUCAGCAAGCACCAGUUCAAGCACAGCACAUGGAAAACCAGCAGUUUCAGCAGCAACAGCAGCAAUCAACCAUAAACCAAAACAUCAACCAACAGCCUGCACCUGUAGUGACCCACCCAAGAGUACAGGUUCCACAGGUCCACUACCCAGGCACCAAACAGCCAGCAGUAUCCUACCCUUCCCAACCCCAACCCAUGUACAGCAACUACCAAACCCAGCCUGGUUAUGGUCAACACACCCAGCAGCACACUACAUACCAGCAACAGCCUCAGCAACAAUCAUAUCCACAAGGCCAGUACCCUUACCCUGAACAGUAAAUCUCAUACCAACAAUGUUGUAUGAGUAGGUACUUUACAGCUGUACCUAUUGAUGUGUUAAAUUUUUAAGUGGUGAAAACAAAGUUUCAGAUUUCCAACAGACUGAACAUAAUGCUAAAACUAGCCAUAAAAACUGGUGUCGAUUUAAAACAAAUGAUGAAAAGACCUACACUUGAGUCAUUUAAUUAUACUUUACAAUAUAGACUGUUUGAUGCAAAAUUCUGUUCAAUAGCCUAACUUAUUUUGCGUAACACAGUAAAUAUGUACAUUGCCAGUAUAGAUAGGCUAACUAUGUUAUCAAUUUAAUACAGCCCUUGUGUCGUCAUAUGCAUCACCUACAACUUAAGUAUUUGAUAUUUUGAGUUGACCAAUCUGUUUUGUUGAUUACAUGAAUACAUGUAAAGAGUUAAAA